UGUGCUCUGCUCCAGCUGCCCUAUCUCUUUAAAUAAAAAAGAGCUGUUGUGCGUGUGCGCGCGCGUGUGUGGAGGAGAAAUUACGAGACCGAGAGGGCCACUCGGCUGUGGAGGAGGACUUGGCUAAUGAAAACACAACAGAGACGCUCAUUCGAUUAGAUUUUACCGGUUUUGACGGCUGUGUACUGUUUCCCUGUACGUACGGCUGAUGCUGAUUUGGGACCCGGUGCUCUUCUUGUAUCUAUGGGCUCGGUAGGCGCAUCUCUCGCCUCCCGCUAGGACAUAACGGGCUGGGCAGCCGCCUAAUAAAUAAUAAUUAUUUAUUUCUCGCUCUCUGCGCCGCAACGUUGGGUGAAACCUGAUCGAGAGACAGCAUCAAUAACAGCGUGCUGAUCAUGGAUUAAUAACCGAGUGCAUUUUCAUCUGAGAGGUUCCAAAUGUUGAACAUGUCCACCCCCAGCGAGCUAAAGUCUCCAUGUGUGACUCGCAACGGUAUGGUGAAGUUGCCCCCCAGCCAGCCCAAUGGUUUGGGCAGCGCGAGCAUCACUAAGGGGACACCUGCUGCCAAGAACCGCCUGUGCCAGUCCUCCUCAGUACCUUCCAUCCUGCCUCCUCCACCAUCUUCCCUUCCCUACCACCACCACCACCACCUGGAUGGCCCUGGCAUGCCCCACUCAGCAGCCUCUCUCUUGGGCUCUGACCUGGACCCUGGAAAACCUCUGGUGGGCUUGAAGCCAUCCCUUCGCCAGCUUCCCCCUCUCACUCUGCCCAAACCCAUGCUUCUGGAGCGCCAGCUUGUCCUGGAUGAGAAGCUGCUGAAUCGACUGCUCUGGUACUUCACCACUGCUGAAAAGUGUGUGCUGGCGCAGGUUUGCAAAACAUGGCGCAAAGUGCUGUACCAGCCCAAGUUCUGGGAAGGCGUGACACCCAUCUUGCAUGCCAAGGAGCUAUAUACCCUGCUGCCCAGUGGGGAGAAGGAGUUUGUCAGUCUGCAGGCCUUUGCUCUACGUGGCUUCCAGUCUUUCUGCUUAGUGGGUGUGUCAGACCUGGACAUUUGUGAGUUCAUUGACAACUACCCACUGUCCAAGAAGGGUGUUCGCUCAGUCAGCCUCAAGAGGUCCACUAUCACAGAUGCUGGCUUGGAGGUCAUGUUGGAACAAAUGCAAGGUCUGAUGCACCUUGAGCUGUCGGGCUGCAACGACUUCACGGAGGCCGGUCUGUGGUCCAGUCUGAAUGCCCGGCUAACUUCCCUUAGUGUCAGUGACUGUAUCAAUGUGGCAGAUGACGCCAUUGCUGCUAUCUCACAGCUCCUGCCCAACCUAUCAGAAUUGAGCCUGCAGGCCUACCACGUCACUGACACAGCCAUGGCCUACUUCACAGCCAAACAGGGCUACACCACCCACACUCUGCGGCUGCACUCCUGCUGGGAGAUCACCAAUCAUGGUGUAGUCAACAUGGUGCACAGCCUUCCCAACCUGACUGCCCUGAGCCUCUCUGGCUGCUCCAAGAUCACUGACGACGGUGUGGAGCUGGUUGCUGAGAACCUGCGUAAGCUCCGCAGCCUGGACUUGUCCUGGUGCCCUCGGAUCACUGACAUGGCUCUGGAGUACAUUGCCUGUGACCUGCAUAAACUGGAAGAACUGGUGCUGGACAGGUGUGUGCGGAUCACAGACACUGGCUUGGGCUACUUGUCUACCAUGUCAUCACUAAGGAGCCUGUAUCUGCGCUGGUGCUGCCAGGUGCAAGAUUUUGGACUGCAGCAUUUGUUUGGAAUGAGGAGUCUUCGCCUACUGUCUCUUGCAGGCUGUCCCCUGCUGACCACCACUGGUUUGUCGGGCCUCAUCCAGCUGCAGGAGCUGGAGGAGCUGGAGCUGACCAACUGCCCCGGAGCCACCACCGAGCUCUUCAAAUACUAUUCCCAGCACCUACCCCACUGCAUGGUCAUUGAGUAAGACCACUGACCCACCCCGCCGACCAACUGACUGAACGACCGCCAUACUUCAACCUUCCUCCUCUUUACUCUUCCUCACUCUUUUCUUAAAUACUAGCCAGGAGACUGAGCUGCUCCUACCGUACCACACCAUUCCUCAUUACCUGCCCCUACCCCUGCCCGUCUUCCUCCACACCCCAUUGAGUAGACUGACCCACAGGCGGACAGAGAGGCAGGAACGAUGGUGAUGGCACAUGCCAGACCCACAGGGUGAUGGGAUGGUUUUUGAGCUUCAUUUAAGAAGAUGCUGCAGUGAAGAGGCUUGGUGUGAUGUCUUGUCUGACAGCAAGUUUCUUUGUCAGAAUUGAAACAAGGCUUAUGUUUAUGGAGGAGAGCUUCUCUAAAGACUGUGGAGACAAAUGGGUCCUGAAGAGAGUGAUAUAUGCAGAUAAACAUGCAGCGUAAAACAGAUAGGAAAGG